AUGCUGCUCUUGCUCGUCACCGCUACCCAGAAGCCUCACGGCGUCUCUGCGAAACGAGCGGUCGAGCGACGGGACAACCUGGUGGUCAGCUGGCUGCACCCUCCUGCGCCCUUCCUGCUGCCGUGCACCGUCCGCAAGCGCGGCUUCAAAAGUGACCAGCAGGCGGUCCUUAUCAAGGCGCACAACGAGUACCGUGGCCUCGUCGUCAAAGGAGAACUGCCCGGCUUCGAAGCCGCAGCUGACAUGUGUGAAACCACGUGGGACCCGGAUCUGACGGACCUUGCGCAGUCCUACGUGGAACAAUGCGCGCCCCAAGCGAAGGUCCCACAGGCACGGAACUUCAUCAAGGAGGGCCAGAACCUAUGCGUCCAGACGUCAUCACCGCCUGGUUCACUCGUGUGGUCGCGGAGCCGGUACGUCGGCUGCGGCUUCGCGCUCGUCGAGUCAAGCGACGGUGGCAGGCGCAACCUGUACGCUUGCAACUACGACGAGCCGGGGAACCUUCCGGGCACGGCCGUCUACUUGCCGGACCCCUGCGUGCUCGUCCUGCCCAAUAAGGAGACGGGUCAGGCCCGACCUCACUCCAAUGCCAACGGCUCGAGAAGAUUGGUCGCGAUGCUGUUCGGGCCACGAGUCAGUCUCCUGCUCCGCUCUGCCCUGUCGUUCAGCUUAGUUGGGCUCUCGCUGCAGCGAUGCCUCCCAGAGUACAGGGAGAUAGAAGGCCACACCGCUUGCCUCCCGCGCAACCACGAAUGCGACAUCGUGUCUUGGGGCUUGACGGAGGCCGAGCGGAAGUCUUUCGUCGACGUCCACAACAAGUACCGGAGCAUGGUUGCGCGCGGAAUGGUACCGCCUCUACCUCCCGCUUCGGACAUGCGCAAGCUGCUCUGGGACGACGGUCUGGCCGAAGUCGCCGAGGCGCACGCCAUGCAGUGCCACUUCCGGCACGACUCCGGCCGUCACCGGUCGACUGUGAAGUUCCGACACACGGGACAGAACCUGGCCGCCUUCUGGAGAAGCAACGGCGACACGAACGGUUCCUCGUCCUGGGUGGGCAACGACAUCGAGAAGGCCGUCAAGUCGUGGUUCGAAGAGUACCGUCACUACCCUCCGACGGCCGUGUCCAAAUUCAGCGAGAACGCGGUGGGACCCGUGGGUCACUUCACGCAGGUCGUGUGGGCCAACACCCAGUUCGUGGGCUGCGGAGCUGCCCGCUUCAGGAAGAAGGACGGGCGCGGAGGCGCGACCAACUUCUACGUGUGCAACUACGCGGACGCCGGUAACCGCGCAGGCAAGCCAGUUUACCUGCCCGGUAAUAAGUGCAGCCACUGCCCGCACGGUGCGGCGUGCGAGUUGCCGGCGGGGCUCUGCGUCGGCGGCAGCUUGUCGGUGGCACUUCAAACUCCGCGGUCCUGGAGUGAGACGUUGGCGUCCACUGUGGUGUAUCCGAACUGGGCACAGAGAAGAGGGACCUUGAGGCAACCUUAUGGAACACUGCGCUCCGGAAAUGAGUCGUGGUACCGCCCUUACCGCGUAUCCUCAGGCGCAACAGGAACGGAAAGGGCGUUGACGCGUCGCUACGACGCGCAAUGGACGGGGCUAAGAAUACUCACCGAGACUCCGGCAUACUCGACCCAAGCGACCGAAAGGCCACAAGGCAAGAAGAUGCUGAGGUUCUAG